CUCUGAGUUGAAAGAAGGGAGCCGCCCUGCGUGGUGUAAUGUGAUUCUGACGCUGCACCGCCCAGAGUGUGAGGUUUUCUCCUCUGCAGCCCUGCAUAGCAGCGUUGCUGUCGGGUCGAUAAGAGGUGUUCAAAUCUUUUACAUGAAAAAUAGACUUCACAAACACUCACUUCAGCUUUAAAAUACGCAGUGACUCCAUUUUAACGCGAAUUCAACGCUGUUUCGGUCAUGCCUCGUCAUCCUGCUUGGCUCUUGGUAGCUGCCCUUUCUAUGCUCGUUUUGAAAGGGUUAGCCUUUGAUGAUGAUUUUAACCUUGAAGAUGCCCUCGUUGAUGCACCUACAAAACCACCUGCUCCAAAACCUAAGCCAGCUGGGGGCCCUUCAGGUGGAUCUAAAGAUUUAGAUCUGUCUGACUUCUUUGACAAACCGGAAGACAGGAAGACUACUACCACGAAAGCACCCAAACUGACCACCACGAAAGCACCAAAGAGGAAACCACAGCCAAAACCACAGCCAGCUAACCCUAAUGACUUUGACCUGGCAGACGCUCUGGAUGACAAAAACGACCGCAAAAAAGAUAAUAAUGGAGAUAAAGGCACGGGUUCAAGAGACGACAGCAAUCGCUCCGGAGUUGGAAAGAGUGGCGGUGGAUCCAUCUCCGACAAGGAUCUGGAAGACAUUCUAGGUGAUGGUUACUCUCCGGAUAGGAAGAAAGGUGGCGGUAGCGGUGGCGGUGGUGGUAAUGUACCUUCAGAUGAUCCAGGAUAUGGAGAUGGCACAGCUGAGACUGGCACCAUUGCAGGGAUUGCCAGUGCCAUCGGCAUGGCCCUCGUGGGCGUUGUAACCAGUUACAUCUCAUACCAGAAGAAGAAACUCUGCUUCAGCAUACAAGAGAGUCUGAACAGUGCACAGUAUGUAAAAGGAGAACAUUUAGAAGCAGUUGUCGCUGAGGAACCCCAAGCUCAACAAACCCUCCUGCAGUCCCCGAUGACCGAUCCUACUUCACAGGAUGUGGCCCGGGUCUAACCCCCACCUCCCCCACUGAAGUGUCCUACUAGGGCUGUAACAGAGCUUCCUUUGAAGACGAAGUGUUUGAGAAGCAGAAUCCUUCAGCCGGAGUUAGCUUUCUUCUUUGGUAGAGCUUGAUGUCCGCUUUCUCCGUUUACCUUCAUUUCCUUUUCUUUAUCCAUUUUUAAACGAACUGAGCCAGUUUACAUGUUACAAUUGCACAGAAAUUUCAUCUAAAGGGAUUACCUCGAGCUUAGAAGUAUGGAAAACGCACAGUGAAUGUGUGUUUAUUUUAAACAUGUUGUGUUUUUUUUUUCCUGCUUGUUUAACUUUGAUUGUGAAUAGCUUCACUAAGUCAGCCUGUUACUGCUGCAUUUUAAACCUUUUUACUGAGUGAACAUGGCUGCUUGCUGCAGUUUCUUUUUCUUUUCAUGUCUCUGCCUCCCCUCCCUAGUGAGAACGGCAGAAUCCACAGGUUUUUUGAUGGGGCACAGUCUGGUCAUUUUAAAUGGAAAUAUUUUAUUUUGAAACUAGGUGGUGAUGUUAAUUGUAAGAUUUAGUCCGUUAGAGCUGAAUAACACCAGUCAAUGUCCAACACUGUCUUUAAGAUUGCCUGCAUGCUGCAGCCUGUCCUAUGGGAUCUGCCAGUGAAGCUGGUUUAGUCUUUGCGUAUUACUUGUUAGAAACCCAGUGUGUUAGUUUCAUGUUUGCCUAGAAUAGUAUGCUGCUGUCGCUUAGGGUUUGUUUGUAAUGCAUUCCGUUGCGAUUUCUCUGCCAGCGAUUGAACACACUUUGAAUGGCAUCCACUUGACUUGGGGUUUGCUGCCUGUUAAAACCACUGUGUUCCUGGCUUACCUUUGAUUUAUUUACAGCAGGAUGCAUUUAGGAAGCUGAAAGAAUUGUUACACUGCUAUUCAAGUUCUUCAUGAAACCUGCAGCUGUGUGUUCCAUUCAGCUUUUAAAUUGUUUAGAAUCUGUUUAAUUUAACGACUAUAUAGGUUACCAGUAUUUUAAAAAAAAAACAAAAAAACUUGUAGAUCCCUUUUUUGUUUUGUUGAUAACAUUUAUAACCACCUACUGCUGCAGGAUUUUUUUUGUUUUCCAGAAUUAAAGAAUUUUAAAGCGAUUCCCCCUGCAACUAAACAAAUUGGAAUGUAAACUACCUUCUUUUGAAAAUGUGUACACAGAAGGCUAAACAGAAACCCUGAAUCCGCUGUAGUUGUCUUUCAAAGUGCUACAUGGUCAGGCCCUUUUAGAGUUUUCUUCUAGGGUGAAGCCUUGAUAAUGAAGAUGGUAUCGAUGUUUGCUUUAAUAAAGACAGCAAAGGUAGGACAGCUUGUGUCUGUUGCACCAAGGCUUUUAAUCAGCAGCUGUGUUUUGGUUUGGGGUCUUGUCCUGUGUGAUUUCUUCCUGGCAGGUUUUAGCCCAAGCACAGUCCUCCAGCAAUACAACUACCCCCUAUUGUAAUAUGCAAUACAAAUGAACCACAGCAAAACCUAUAUAUACACAUAUAUAAUGUGUCAUGUGGAAUAUUUAUUUUCCUUGCGGCACAGAGAAAUGUAAAUGCAGCUACGCUGGUUAGGACUGCUUACAGGUCAUGUAUCACUACCUCUUGCAUAUUUAAAUACUUAUUUUACAAGACAGAGCAGGAUUUGAAUGUCAGCUCAGCUAAUGAGUGACUGCUUUGCUUUUUUGCAAGAUGAAGUAGCAUUGUGUCAAAGUGGAUCACAUCCACUGACAAAGCCUUACAAGCAAGGGAGGUUUUUCUGUCUUUGGUAAUCACUGACCCUUAGCCUGUCUCGAAAUGACUUUCUCUACAGCCGUGUAAAAAAAAAAAAAAAAAAAGCGCAUCUGCCUCUCUCUAUAUAAACAGAUUUUUGAAUUGCAUUCAGUGCGAGUCCUCCUCUGACCCCAUUCAGGGACUUGAGAGCUGUGCAGCGCUGAAUGAAAAGGCCCUGUCUGUCCUGCCGCUCUCAAUCGCCUCUCGCAUUGAAGUCAGACUAACCUUCUAGAGCAGUGCAUUUUUACAAGAAAAAGUGUUUCUGUACUCUAGUGUGAAUACAGAGGCUCAGGGUUUCCUGGAUUAGCCUUACUGUGCCUAGUCUGCUUAUUUCAGUUCAUUUAGAAAGAUCUUGUCUGCCUCACAGAUUUCCCCAAUGUUUUAAUAAAUACCAGUUUGGAUCUAUUAAGCAGUUCUACUCAACCCGGUCCUGGUAAACCACAGCCACUAGAGUACGUGAACCUAAAUGUGAGGUGAAGAAUGUUUGUGCACAGUGUGAAGACAAUUCAACAAGCAGUACAGUUAUAUUUAGAAGUGUGUGAGGAACAGGUAUCCCUGUUGAUGGGGGAUAAUGAAUUUGGGUCACACUUGGGUAGGGGGCUACGACACGAACAGUAGCUUUGACAAGAGGGGUUCGCUCCAGUGUAAUUACUGAUUUGAAACCAGCGCUGCUUUCUUGUGCACAUGAAAGACCUUGCAAACACCCUCUUGACUUGUGGUAGUUAAUUCUGAGUGUGUCAUCAGGCAAUAUGUAACUUAAAGCUUUUGGGAUCUACACCAGCUCCUAGGGUCUGAAGAGAGGCUUGCACUGGUCUAGCAGCAGUGGCUGUACACUGAAGCAAUACACCGAAUUCCUCCUAUUAAAAGCGGAGCAUGUUUUUGGAAUACAUUUCUGAAGUUACAAAUAUAUAAAUGUGAGGUUCACUGUGUUAGAUUUUGAGGGACAGAAUCAUGUUCUACAUUCUGUUUUUCCCAAGCAGGAAGCUAGAUGUCACGAUAUUGUAGUUCUGUAAAAACAAAACAAAAAUAAUAUGGGGGUUAUUUUUCUCUAAGAUGAAUUUAUUUUCCCUGAAAACUUGUAUUAACUACAUAAUUUACAGCAGACUAUUUCCUAACAGUCUACUUGGUGCCUUUUUUUGUUAAAUAAAACACCAAAUAUUGUGCUACACUUAACCUAGAUAGUUAGCUAGUGCCUGCUAGAUUGUGUUCACAUUUGGGCUCUUAAUACGUACAAUGUAAAAACUGGUGUAUGAUGUGAUAAUAAAAACAAAAACAUGCUCUGUCUUUGAUAAUGUAAGUAAGGUUUUGUGGUAUUUCUGAAAGCAUCCACUGACCUGAGUUUUAGACAUCGUACAGGUUAUCUGAGUGAAGCAGAGGGCCUCCUCAGCAGGCAGCACCCCCUGUCUGUCUGUAGAAGUAUUGCACUAUUACUGGAAGGACUGGGCCGAAAUAUUUCAUAUUCCUCAGGCAGGCCUUUUCAUAGAGAGCUAGCUGCUCUAAAUUCUCAUUAUAUAAUUCCUUGUUAGAAUAAAACUAACAUUGAGCUACAUAAAGAUGUCCACCUAACACUGUUAAUGCUGAGAUUAUGAUGGACGUUCACGCGUCUAAUACCCAUAUUCACAUCAUCUAAAUAAUGAACGAUCAUCGAGUGCUAUCUAAAUAAACAGCAGGUUCAGUUUGUGUCACUAUGCCUUGAUGAUAUCCCGCAAGUAGCUGUCAAUUCAUAGUAAGAUUGGAAGUUGCAGUAAGACACGAUCCUAAAUGACUGCCUUUGUCAAUUUGCAAUGGUCUUAAGAGUAGAAUCGUCCAAUGCAAACAGCUCUAGAAUCAACACUGGGGUCUACUUUAAUUCUGACUGUUCCUUUGUCUCUUGUAUUUAAUGAAGUUAAUAAAUCGCCCCAACUGUAUUUAAAUCAUUAACAAAGACCCCAAUCUGUUCUGAACGUGACUUAUACUGGAAGAUUAUAGAAACACAACCCACUGCCUUCCCCCGCCCCGAGCCGACCCGCUGCCACAGUCUCUGCAGGCCAGUGCUGGGGAUCAGGUUGAUAAAUGGGAGGGACAUUGUAAUUCAGCAGCAGAUCUUGCUGUGGUCGCUUGAGGAAAGUCAUUAGUUUGGCCGCAGUUUUCCGUUGUCUUGCACUUUGAGUCUGUGAACAGCUUGUUUGUACUCAUUCCAUCUUGCUGUGAAUGUUUAUUAAAAUGAUGAAUUGAAUUGCACCUCGCCAGUCACUGAUGUAUCACAGGAAUGCAUUGAAUAAAAGGAGUCUUGCUAAACCAGA